CCCAUUUCUUGAUAUACAUACAACACCCUUAAAAAGCAAAGAAUCAUCUCACCAAGAACCUCACCAACAACACCACAACUCUGCUAAUAUAUAUAUAGUCUCUAUGUACAUUUCUUUCCAUAUCUAGUGUCUCUAGAAUCAUUUGGUUUCAAUGGCAAGUAGGAUAGUGUUGAUUAAAUGCAUUUUUAUGAUGGUUUUGAAUGUGGGUAUGGUGAAAUCAGAUGUAGAUAAAGACAGAGAAGAGUGUGCCACACAAUUGGUUGGCUUAGCAACAUGUUUACCUUAUGUUGGUGGAACAGCUAAAGCUCCAACACCAGAUUGUUGUACUGGUCUUAAGCAAGUUCUUACUACUAGCAGGAAAUGCCUUUGUGUUCUUAUUAAAGACAGGAAUGAUCCUUCUCUUGGUCUCAAAAUCAAUGCCACUCUUGCCUUGGGACUUCCUUCUGUUUGCAAAACCAAGGCUAACACUUCUGAGUGCCUUGCUUUACUACAUUUGUCUCCCAGUUCACCUGAUGCUAAAGUAUUUGAAGAUUAUAAUAGCAUGUCUAAUGGCACUACUACUACUGCACCGGCGUCCACGGAGACUCCAAAGAGCGGCAACAGUACUGCAGGAUCAAGUCCAGGAGUGAAGAAUAAUGGUGGAAUGAGAAUAAAUAGUUGGUUCGGACUGAAAAUGGCGGGUGGAUUUCUAUUAUGGUGUUUGACAUCAUAUUAUUGAUUGUGGAUGAUUGAGUUUUAUACUUUAAUCUGAACAUCAUGUAAUCUCUUUGUAUGAAAUUUCAGUUGAUGAGUGAAUUAAC